CAUUUUCACGGCGGUACGGUUUCGAAAUGCGAGGCCACGCCCACGCCCCGACGUCAGACCUGAGCCUGUCCAUCUGCCUUUCAAGGACGGAGCGCCCACAGCCACCAACUAAGGUCCGGGAUGAGGAAGACUGACGCGCUAUUGGCUACACUCAAACAUAACAUUGAAAAUAUUAUUAAAACGAUGGUUGUGCCCACUUCGCUACGUCACUAAAUCACGAUGGCAGCUGCUUUUCUGUAUAUAAAGCCGGAGAAACAAUAUCUUGUCUCAGGCUGCUGACAGCACUUGAGGACCGCUGCUCCGAACAACCUGGACAAGCGCUUUUAAAGGGCCAGCAUCCGGCUGACUUGUAAGUCAUCAUGGCGGAUUCCAGCUCCAACGACAUGACAUCCCUUGCGCGGGCUUUGUCACAGCCGAAACUGGACUUUUCGGAAGUGAACGAUGUUUUCCACAUGCGAAGUGCUCACCCGCAGCCGUGCCGCAGGAAAAAGUUAUCGAGCUGUUCGUCGUUCGACACCGUCGAGGCGCCGACUUUACCCUCCCUCGAGGCACGAGUCCUGGUCAUCAACACCGGAGGAACCAUCGGGAUGACACUUCAUGACAACGUGCUUGCACCAAAAGCCAAUGCGUUUGUGAAGAGCCUUCGCAUGCUGCCCAUCCUCCAUGAUGAGACAUAUGCCCAGCAGACAUGCCUGUAUGACUACUAUGGAUCUGAGAACACCCUUGUCCUACCGAUUAAUAAAGACAAUAAGAGGAUAAUCUACACUGUCUUGGAGUACAGCCCUCUGCUGGACUCAUCCAAUAUGACCACAGAUGAUUGGCGUAGAAUUGGACUGGACAUUGAGACAAACUACGAAGACUAUGAUGGUUUUGUGAUCCUUCAUGGCACUGACACUAUGGCUUACACAGCUUCUGCCCUGUCCUUCAUGUGUGAACAUUUGGGCAAACCCAUCAUUCUCACCGGCGCACAGGUGCCCAUCUAUGAGAUUAGGAAUGAUGGCCGAGACAACCUGCUGGGGGCGCUGCUGAUUGCUGGACAGUUUGUCAUUCCUGAGGUGUGCCUGUAUUUCUACAACAAACUCUACAGAGGGAACCGUGUUACCAAGGUGGAUGCUGGGAGUUUCAAUGCAUUCGCCUCCCCUAACUUGGCUCCACUGGCAACUGCUGAAGUGGAUAUUACAAUCAAUUGGGAUACGGUUUGGAGGGCAAGCACCAUAACAAAGUUUCAAGUCAGCACGAAGCUGAACCGGAACGUAGGCCUGCUCAGGCUGUUCCCAGGAAUAACUGCUGCUACUGUGAGAGCUUUCCUGCAGCCGCCCAUGGAGGGCGUGGUCCUAGAGACCUACGGCAGUGGAAAUGCCCCCGAUAACCGUCCAGACCUGCUAGAGGAGCUGAAGAAGGCUACUGACUCUGGCGUCAUCAUCAUCAACUGCACCCAGUGUCUGAGAGGGACUGUGUCUACAUCUUAUGCCACUGGAAAGGUGUUGAAAGAUGCAGGGCUGAUAGCUGGUGGUGACAUGACUCCAGAGGCCGCCCUGUCAAAGCUGUCCUAUGUGUUGGCCAAGAUGGAGCUUGAUCUAGAUGCCAAGAAAAAGAUGAUGGGUCAGAACCUGCGAGGUGAAAUGAACGCUGACUUGGCAGGAGCCAAGCUGUGUCUGAGUGACAGCCAUUUCAUCCAGGUCAUUGCCAAGUCUCUGAGCAUCAGCUGCAAGGAGGAGCUGGAAGCCAUUCGUGAUGCUUUGACUCCUCCACUGGCAUGUGCUGCUUCUAAGAUUGGAGACAUAGAUGCCUUAGAAGCCCUAAAAGAAAUGGGUAGUAACUUGUGUCUGGGUGACUAUGAUGGACGUACACCCCUACAUAUUGCCGCCUGUGAGGGCCACCUAGAUCUGGUGCAGUACCUACUGGGUCAUGGAGCUACAGUCUAUGCUAAAGAUCGCUAUGGGGACACACCCCUAUGCAAUGCUGUACGCUUCAGGCACAAGGAAAUUGUGAAUCUGCUGAGAAAGACUGGAGCCCACUUCUCCAGAGACAAGUUGGAGGAAGCAGGAACAGAGCUAUGCAGCCUGGCAGCAAGCGGUGACCUGGAGGGCCUGGAAAUCUGGAGCCUUGCCGGAGCAGACCUGGAAAAACCAGGCUAUGACGGACGGACAGCAAUUCAAGUGGCCAGUGCUGCUGGCAAAAAGGAAACAGUGGCAUUUUUAGUCCAGCUCAUGAACAAUAAAUCCAAGACAGUAUUUGGGGAAAUUGAGAGCGGUGGAGCGAUCGAGUUCACCGCGACUCCGUCAGGACAGUGAGCUGACGCCAUCUGAACCGACAGGAAUCGUCCUUUUUGUGUCCUCUUCUUCCUAAGCCAUUCUCUACACGACAUCCACCGUCCUGCUGAAUUUCACAGAGUUACUCUCACUUUGAAUGUCUGCACAAAGAUUAUUUUUGCAUGUCUUUGAAAGCCAUCAGUGCUUAUAGUCUUUCCCUCCAAACCCAUGAACAGCCCAACAGUUUGUAAUCAGCGCUUUGAGUGCAGUGUCCAGAAAAGGCAACAGUAGGUGUGUUUUUGUGUGUGUCUGUGCUUGUGUGCGCGUGUGCGCGCGCGUGUGUGUGUGUGUGUUAUACAGUAGUCUCUGUAUAAGGAAACGCAUUAUCAUUCUGAAUUUUUUAAUCAAAUGCUUUUAUUACUAUGCUUGAACAACAGACUCAGUUAUUGUGACGUUCAGUCAGGGAAUAAAGGGUGAACUUCGUCCAAGCUGCUUCAACAUGGAGAGUGCUGAAACCUCCCCUUAGUUUUUGAACAGUGAAGGAUGAUUUUUUUUUUAAUAGCAAAUGAGUUGAACUCUGAAUAUUGUAGAUUACUUUUUAAAGUAGUGUCUCUUUUCAAUAGCAAUAUAUUUGUGAUAUCUGGAAGCACAGGGUACAUUCACAGAUUUUAUUUUUAUGCUUGUUUUAAUAGUGAGAUGCUGGAAAGUAUCAUGUAAAUUACAAAAAAAAAAAAAAGGUCUUUUUAUUAUCUGGAAUGUUAUCCAACUUUAGCACUUGUCCACUUGGGUGAGAUUGCCACUUCCCUCUUCUCAAACAGGUAUUACAAAAACCUGCAGUUACCUCCCAGACUCAUCCAUCCUGUUUCUUUUGCUAAUUGUCGAGCUGGAAGAGUCGCAUAUCUCACUUUGAAAUUUAAACGGGGAAAUUCAGUCUGUGAGCCUAAUAAAAACUUAAAACUGCCACUGUUUCCAUGUUCCAACAUGUAUUUUGUCUUCUAUAUUUUCUGCGCCUGUUGUCACAAACAAAUCACUUAUUGUGCUUACCAAUCCAGGUUCAUUUUUUGUCACACUCUGUAAGGCAAUUAAAUGUGACUUUAAAGAGCAAAAACACCUUAAUUACUUGAAAUGUGUCCUUCACUUUUAAAUGCUGUUAUUGAUUGUGUUCAGUACUGUUAAAGUGUUAGCAGGGUGUGUGUGUGUAAAAGUGAUUAUGGUCUUGUGUUGCUCCCACGGAAAAGCAACAGAAAUAAAUCUCGU